UCCCCCAUGUUGCACCGCCAUGUUUCUACAGUAGCCCAGGAAGGACAAAACCAAACACUGUUAACUUACCCUGCUUGGGCCGUAGUCGAUUUAUUAAUUUUUUUAUUUAUUUAACCUUUAUUUAACCAGGAGUAAAGACUCAUUGAAAUGACUGAAUCAUAAGGUAUCGAAAAACCAUUCAUCAGCAUUCCAAACAUCUACAGCCAGAUGUGCUUGCCUCCAAGUCUUUAAAGACAUUCAGCGAGACCAGCUCUAAAAGAUUCAGGUAAUUUCGAUAAUGUUACUCGCUCCCGUCGCCGCCGCCGCUCUCUCUCUCUCUCUCUCUUGCUUCACCACUCACUUCCCAUCUCGGCUCCAAAUGACUUACGGUACUCUUACAAAAAAUGCCUCUAGAGAGUUUGAGUCAUUUUUUAAGGAAAAAAAACAGUCAAAAUUCUCUGAUUCCAGCUUCUUAAAUGUGAAUAUUUUCUAGUUUCAUUACACCUCUGUGACAGUAAACUGAAUAUCUUUGAGUUGUGGACAAAACAAGACAUUUGAGGACGUCAUCUUGGGCUUUUUUAGGAAACAGUGAUCGACAUUUUAUGGACAAAUUAAAAUAAUCAUUCGUUAGUUGCAGCCCUAGAAACCACUGGUUUAAUAAAUAACAAAGCAUUGUAUUUUAUAAGCUUAUCAUAUGUCGUGUAGUGGAAGUAUGAAGUAGCACGAAAUGGAAAUACUCAAGUCAAGUACAAGUACUUCAAAAUUGCCCUUAAGUACAGUACUUGACUGUUGUCUACAUUGUGUGUUUCUGAGGUUUUACACUACCCAGCUCAGUUUUCCUUCUUCACUCCUCUUCCUUUAACUCCAGCUGUCAUACCAUUCUCAGUCUCUAACUCACUCGUAGACACUCUUCUCUCUCUCUCUCUCUCUCUCUCUGUCUCUCUCUCUGUGUCUCUUUUCCUUCCUCAUUCAUGUGUAACCGUGAACGAGACUCAACACGUCACUUUGCCCAUUCAGCGUUACUUCCUGUUCACACUCCCUUCCCUUCGCUCCAACGCUCUGUGUGCUGACCCACAGAUUGUGGCAUGGAUGGAUUAGUUAGGUCUGUGUGUACCUGUGUGUAGAUGUGUGACAGCGGAGUGUGUGAGGACAAGCCCCCCGCCCCCCCUGUCAGGAUGAGCAGCCAAGGAGGAGGAACCAAGGACACCCAGUCAGCAAAUCACAGCUCUCGGCCGCUGCCGUCUGUGCCGGAGGAGAGGAAGUCUAGAAACAAGAUCAUCUCCAUGUUCGCCUCUGAGAAAGGAGGCAGGAAGAAGGACCGGGACAAGGACAGACCUGAGAUCUCCUCGCCCUCAGACUUUGAACACACCAUCCAUGUGGGUUUUGAUUCUGUCACCGGAGAGUUCACUGGCAUGCCGGAGCAGUGGGCCCGUCUCCUUCAAACCUCCAACAUCAGUAAAUCAGAACAGAAACAGAAUCCUCAGGCCGUCCUCGAUAUUCUCAAGUUCUACGACUCCACCAGUGGAAAACAGAAAUACCUCAGUUUUUCCGCCUCGGAUAAAGACUCUCAGUCGCCAGGCAAGCAGGGUACCGCGACCUCCCCAUCAGGUGGCAAAGACGAUGAUGACGAUGACGACACACCACCUCCAAUUGUGGCACCGCGGCCAGAACACACAAAAUCAGUGUACACGAGGUCGGUGAUAGACCCAAUCCCAGCUACAGAGGUAGACGGCGCCUCUAAGGCAGCUGACAGACAGAAGAAGAAGGGAGGCAAGAUGACUGACGAGGAGAUCAUGGAGAAACUCAGAUCUAUUGUCAGCAUUGGAGAUCCUAAGAAGAAAUACACUCGCUAUGAGAAGAUCGGCCAGGGGGCAUCUGGCACAGUUUACACAGCCAUAGAUGUUGCCACGGGACAAGAGGUGGCCAUCAAACAGAUCAACUUGCAGAAGCAGCCGAAGAAAGAGCUGAUUAUCAACGAGAUCCUGGUCAUGAAGGAGAUGAAGAACCCCAACAUUGUCAACUUCGUGGAUAGUUUCCUUGUCGGCGACGAGCUUUUUGUGGUGAUGGAAUACCUGGCUGGUGGCUCCCUAACUGAUGUUGUGACGGAGACGUGCAUGGACGAGCCUCAGAUCGCCGCCGUCUGCAGAGAGGUCCUCCAGGCUCUGGAGUUUCUUCAUGCCAACCAGGUCAUCCACAGAGACAUCAAGAGUGACAACGUAUUGCUGGGGAUGGACGGAUCAGUCAAACUCACUGACUUCGGCUUCUGCGCCCAGAUCACCCCGGAGCAGAGCAAACGUAGCACCAUGGUGGGGACCCCGUACUGGAUGGCUCCAGAGGUGGUGACCAGGAAAGCCUACGGGCCCAAAGUGGACAUUUGGUCUCUGGGGAUCAUGGCCAUAGAGAUGGUGGAGGGAGAGCCUCCAUAUCUCAACGAGAACCCUCUCAGGGCUUUGUAUUUAAUCGCCACCAAUGGGACUCCUGAGCUGCAGAGUCCAGAGAAGCUGUCUCCUGUCUUCAGAUCUUUCCUGUCCCGCUGUCUGGAGAUGGACGUGGAGCAACGAGGAUCAGGCAGAGAACUGCUGCAGCACCCAUUCCUGAAGGUGGCCAAGCCUCUGUCCAGCCUCACCCCGCUCAUCCUGGCAGCCAAGGAGGCCAUGAGGAGCAACCGCUAAACCCCCCGUCUCUAAGGACUGAAAGAGCUGAUGCCAAACCAGCCAAACGAGCCGGCGUCUUCUUCUGGUCUACGUAUGAUGACCAUCAGCAACCUGCUAGUGUUUGUGUUUUUUUCAAAGGUUUCCCAACCUCUCCACUCUUCCCAGUGUUUCUGUACUGAUGCCAGAUUUAUCUUUCACCUUUUGUGCCUUGUUCCAAAGCCGCAUACAGCCAUCAUGUGUUUUCUAUUUGUUGCAGCCAGAGCACGUGUGUGUGUGUUAGUGAUGUUGGCGUUACUACAGUAUGCGUAUCAGGAAUGUGGUUUCACUGUCGCAAAGGUUCAAGACUCUUUACACAACAAGGGCCAUAUUCACACAGGAUCUUAUCUCACUACUAGCAGCCCCAAGAGGCGUUUUUGGUUUGAUGGCAAAGAUAGUCCCAAGUUUUUCAGGGCUGCAAACUGCAUUUGUCCAAGUAGUUGUGCGAACCACCAUCUCUGCUGUCGCUGGAUUGUUUUGAUUCGUUGGUGAGCUGAUUGGACCUUUGUUCAUUCAUCAUCAAAAUAGUCCAAACUACUUUUUUUUGGCGCAUUACCUGCAGCACACAGGGACUAACUGCUCGUUUCGUUGUGUCCGUAAAUCCGUAUAGUAUACGGAUUACGCCCCGUAGUGUUCAACGUGAGGAAAUGCAUCUCUUUACGGAAGGAUAGAAACACCAACGCCGCAGAUAUGGGAGAGAAGUUCCUGCAUAGAUAUAAAAAAAAGUGUUUUUUUUUAUAUCUAUGCAGUAACUGUCUGUUUUUCGCCAUCCAGUUAUGUCACACAUAGUGGUUCAUACGUGUUUUAACAAAAUAGUUCACAAAACUUCUAAAUAUACCGUCAAACUUUUCACCUAGAAAAAAAAAUUAUAAGUUGAGCUGUUCAUCAAUCAGUUUAUUAAUUCGCUCACAUUGCACACAUUGCUUACGGUCUGUUCGUUAUCUACCGCAAAAGUAAAACAUUGUCAUCGUACUCUAGACCGAAAAAAAAGGGAAGGAGGCGUUUCGCAAACAUCAACAUCAUGGAGGUUCCCAUAGGAAUGAAUGAACUUCCGGUUGAUUCGCAUACGUACACAGAGCUAUGUGGAAACGAGGCGUUAGGAGCUAGUUUGAGUGCUGAUUUGCUCUCUGAAAAAUGUUGAGGUCUUUAAGUGGCAAUCCGUAAGAUUUCAGUCCUGGUUGAUUUAGAAUUUCUAUUUGAGUGAAAACAAUGUUAUUGUGCUCAGAGUUUCUGGAGUAUUUUUGUUGAUAUAUAUGAACAUAGAAAUAGAAUAGAGAAAUUCUGUUUCUACGUUCAUAAGCUUCAAGUCUUCAGAAUUGUGUGCAGAGUUACAUUUAUUGUUUGUAUAAAAAAAACAUUUUUUUCCGGGAAUGUCACUUUAAAGUGGCAAUCUUGGAAGAUCUUCAUGUAAAUAAAUGUCUGUUAAGUCACUAUUACCAAAUGAGGUAACACAAUGGAGACUGAGCCUCUAUGGCCUUCUGAUGAAAUUAUUGCAAUAUUUAUAUAUUUGCAGUAUUAUGAAAUGGGUGUCUGUGGUGAUAUUCCUGAAAAAAAUGCAGUAUGCACACAUAAAAUUUAAAAUAAUAUCAAAUAAUGUCUGUUUUUAUGCUCAUGUAUCAACAAAAAGACUCCAGACUGCUAAACUCUAAGCACAAUAACAUUGUUUUCACUCAAAUUGAGAUUCUAAAUCAACCAGGACUGAAAUCUUUGGGAUUUCUGAUUGCCACUUUAAAGUUUAGGCCGACACAGGACUUAUUUUUAGGUUCUUCUGACUCGGCCAGUUGGGAGCUACUUUUAAAGACUUUUUGUUAACAUGGAAAUAUAUCUUUUUUUAAAUUGUAUCCGAUAAAACUUUUAUGACAUGAUUGAACUUCACGAGAGAUGGAGAUUGUGAGAAUUUUGUUGUGUGGAGAGACUUGAACCUUUGCAACUGGUUUCUAUGGUUGCUGUUGCUGUGGUUACACAUGUGCAUCUGUAUAGGGUCCAAUAGUUCUGAAAGUGGCAUGGGAAACUAAAGUGUACCAACACUGAGCUGUACUGUGGCCCGCAGCAUGGGACAGUGCCGUCUUUGUGCAGUGGAAAAGCCAUAUCAGUGUGUCUUUGUUUGACCCUGUAUGUCACUGGAAAAUUACACCAUUCCAGUAAAAGGAAUGGAAGUUUUUUGUACAUGAAAAUUUCAAUUAUUUUAAAGUAGUAGAUCAAAAUGUCCGUAUUUUUUUUUUUCUGUUAUGGGUUUCAACCCUCUGGUGGCACCUUUGGGUGUUACCAGGCACCAAAAUACACUAUCAGCCUUCACACACCUCUGCUAUCAAACUCCCUGUGCAGGCUCGUCUACAAACUAUGCAAACCCACGUGAACUCACAUCUCCUAGGUGUUCUGUUUGUCUUUAGCGGUGCCUUUUACAAUAGAUGCCUUACUGUCGGUGUGUUGGUGCGAGUACAACACAAAUACUGUAUGAAACUGUUUGUCUGAAUGUGUUGAACUGGAGAAAGAUUUGCAUUUUUUUUUUUUUUGUAUAUUAUGUAUUGGUGAUGUCUUGUAUUUUUUUUUAAACAGCUUUUAAAAAGUAUGUAUAUCAUUGUUUUUAUAUUUGUAACUAACACAACAGAUUACAAAUUUGUUUUUUGUGUACCAAUUCAUCCUCAGUUCCCUGAACUGUGUAAUUAUGGACUCCAAACCAUAAAUGUAUUGCUAAGCCUGAGACAAUCGAGCCAGACCUGAGUCAAGCAUGUAUUUGGAAAUGAGUGUUUCAACCUGCUUUGGAGUACCAAAUGCGAUCGGUUUAUACCUCAUUUUCCUGUAAGUUUAGACAAUCACUGGUAAGCAUUUAAAAACGAAAUGUGCCUUUAACAGAUGCACGAUGAAGUAAAACCCACUCGUAUGGCACUCGACAGGUUGACACACAAACUGAGUACUUGCAAAAACGAUGAACCGGCUGGAAUACACUGUUAUGUGGCUUUUGACCAGAACACACAUUCCAGUUAUACAUGUAAUAUGAAUGAUUGAAGAGUUUAAAAUGAAUGUGUUGUUGUUAAUCAUGAAACCAACGACUUCUGGUGUUGAAUACCAUCCAAACAGUGUGUAAAUUAUUAUUAAAGGUGGACCUAAAUAGG